AUGGCAGACCCCAACAAUGUCUCGCAGUACAGCUACUCGGCCAUGUCCAACCUGGUUCUCCAGGUGGACCGGCGCUUCGUUUCGCGAGCGAAGGACGAAAACACCGGUGACCCCGAGUCUCUGGCCGGACGGCUCAAUAUUCGAGAUAUGGGUUCGCGGAUUAACCGUGAAGAGGCACCGAAGCAGAAAAAGACAGCAACGGGAUUACAGGGAGUUGAAAGAGGCUCGAUACGUGAAGGAGAAGAUGUUCUAGAACGAGAACGGAAGAAGCGAAGGAGGGGCGAGCCUGCUCAAACUCGCGGAACUGGUGUCCUAUCCGCCGGUGACGCAUUGAUUGAAGGGCUCAAGUAUCGGCCAAGGACCCCAGCUACACGAGCAACGUACGAUCUACUGCUUACCGUGACCGCAAGCGCUUUGGGUGAUGUUCCACAGGAAGUUGUCCGCAGCGCUGCUGAUGCAAUCCUCGAAUACCUGAAAGAUGAAAAUCUCAAAGACCUUGACAAGAAAAAAGAAAUCGAUGACAUUGUUGGGACUACGAUGACUCCGAAGGAGUUCAACGAAUUGGUCAAUCUGGGCAAAAAGAUUACAGACUACGACGCACAAGACGACGACGAGAACAUGGAAGAUGACAAUGCAAACGAGGCCGAGCUUGACGAGCGACAAGGUGUUGCGGUCGUCUUUGAUGAAUCAGAUGAGGAUGAAGAUGGCGUUCGCAGAACGUAUGAAGUCCGAGAUGAAGAUGAAGGCUCUUCAGACGAGGAAGCCGAUAUCCAAGACCAACCAGGUCUAGAGGAGACCGCCACUGCUGGCGGCGCAGGGGUUCCAGAUGUUGACCCCGAUGAAGACAUCGAAAAUGAAAUGGUGCUGGACGCCGGUAUUAGUGACUCCAGUCGACGGAAACGAGAGGAUGGCGAUUCGAUUCCCAUCCACGAGAUCGAUGCUUAUUGGCUGCAGCGUCAAAUCGGGUCUGUCUACUCAGAUGCGCAUAUCCAGCAGCAAAAGACUCAAGAUGCAUUGCGGAUUUUGUCUGGAAAGUCAACUGACGGUGAAGAUUUGUCACUCCGUGACAUUGAGAACGACUUGAUGGACUUGUUCGACUACGAGCACCCUGAGUUGGUGAGCAAACUUGUUUUCAACCGAGAGAGGAUUGUCUGGGCGACUAGGUGGCGCAGGGUAGCAGAGGACGAUGACGCCCGAAAUCUGAUCGAGAGCGAAAUGGUCGAAGCAGGCCACCGGAGCAUUCUCGACGAAUUACUUGGGAAGUUGGAUCAAAGCUCAGAAGGCCCGAGACCUGCCAAAAAGAUGAAGCUCGAUCUGAUGGACAUCGACGUGCCCAAGGCCCAGGAAGACGAGCAUAACGAAAAGAAAGACGGAGUCCUCGCAGGCGGACUGCAGCCUCAACGCCUGAUUAAUCUCGACAACCUCGUGUUCGAACAAGGAAAUCAUCUCAUGACUAAUCCGAAAGUGGUGCUCCCUCCAGGCUCGACCAAGCGAACGUUUAAAGGAUAUGAAGAAGUCCAUGUGCCAGCACCGAAAGCAAAACGGGAUCCAGGCGAGAAGAAUAUUCCAACCUCGGAUCUUCCUGAUUGGGCGAGGCAAGGGUUCGGUUCUGCAAAGGAGCUGAAUCGGAUACAGUCCAAAUGCUAUCCGUCUGCCUUCCAUGACGAUGGAAACAUGCUCAUUUGUGCCCCGACAGGCUCCGGCAAAACAAACGUCGCCAUGCUGACCAUGCUUCGUGAGAUUGGGAAACACCGAAACCCGGAGACUGGGGAGAUAAUGCUGGACGAUUUCAAAAUCGUCUACAUUGCCCCUUUGAAGGCUUUGGUCCAGGAGCAAGUGGGAAACUUUGGAAAACGUCUUGAGAAAUACGGGAUUCGAGUUUCCGAGCUCACUGGCGACCGUCAGCUUACCAAACAGCAAAUCGCCGACACUCAAGUCAUUGUCACCACUCCAGAGAAGUGGGAUGUCAUCACGCGGAAGGCCACUGAUACGAGCUAUACGAGAUUGGUCCGUUUAAUCAUCAUUGACGAAAUUCACCUUCUGCACGAUGAUCGAGGGCCGGUCCUAGAGAGCAUCGUCAGUCGAACCAUUCGAAAGAUCGAACAGACGGGUGAUCCUGUCAGAAUCAUUGGAUUGAGCGCGACGCUUCCCAAUUACCGGGAUGUCGCCACUUUCCUUCGAGUUGAUCCUGAAAAGGGUCUCUUCCACUUUGAUGGGUCAUAUAGACCCUGCCCUCUCCGCCAGGAGUUCAUUGGUGUCACCGAGAAAAAAGCCAUCAAGAUGUUGAAGACUAUGAACGACGUCUGUUAUGCCAAGGUCAUUGAGCAUGUGGGGACGAAUCAGCAGCAAAUGUUGAUCUUCGUCCACUCGCGGAAAGAAACCGCCAAAACCGCCAAAUACAUCCGGGAUAAAGCGGUGGAAUUGGAGACAAUCGGCCAAAUCAUGAGAACAGACGCAGCAAGCCGGUCCGUUUUGCAAGAAGAAGCCGAUGCGGUGCACGAUGCCAACUUGAAGGAUAUAUUGCCCUAUGGUUUUGGUAUCCAUCAUGCGGGAAUGGGUGUUGCCGACCGUACAUCUGUCCAGGAUCUCUUCGCCGAUGGGUUUUUGCGAGUCCUUGUCUGUACGGCAACGCUGGCAUGGGGCGUCAAUCUGCCUGCUCAUACCGUCGUGAUCAAGGGGACUCAAGUGUACUCUCCUGAAAAAGGGAGCUGGGUGGAGCUCAGCCCUCAAGACGUGCUCCAAAUGCUGGGACGGGCUGGCCGGCCGCAGUUCGAUUCUUAUGGUGAAGGCAUCAUAAUAACCUCUCAGUCCGAAAUACAGUACUAUCUGUCGUUGAUGAACCAGCAAUUACCCAUUGAGAGUCAACUGAUGGGUAAACUUGCAGACAAUCUCAAUGCGGAGAUCGUGCUGGGCAAUAUUCGGAGCCGAGAUGAAGGUGUCGAAUGGCUCGGUUACACAUAUCUGUUUGUCCGCAUGAUUCGAUCACCAGGCCUUUACAGCGUCGGAGCGGACUACAGCAACGACGAGAACUUGGAACAGAAACGAGUGGACCUCAUUCAUUCAGCCGCCUUUGUUCUCGAGAAGGCUGGACUGGUGAAGUAUGACAAGAAGACUGGUAAACUGCAGGCCACGGACCUUGGCCGUAUCGCCUCGCACUACUACAUCACGCACAACUCCAUGUCAACCUACAACCAUCAUCUCCAGCCGUCGAUCAGCACCAUUGAACUUUUCCGGAUCUUCGCCCUCAGCGACGAGUUCAAGUAUAUCCCCGUUCGACAGGAUGAGAAAUUGGAGCUUGCCAAACUAUUGGGUAGAGUUCCAAUCCCAGUCAAAGAAGGCAUGGAGGAGCCACAAGCCAAGAUCAACGUACUUCUACAGGCCUUUAUUUCUCGGCUCAAGUUGGACGGUCUGGCAUUGAUGGCGGAUCUUGUCUAUGUCACACAGUCAGCGGGACGAAUCUUGAGAGCCAUCUUUGAGAUUUGUUUGAAGAAGGGCUGGGCUUCUGUUGCAAAGAUUGCUCUUGAUCUUUGCAAAAUGGCUGAGAAGCGAAUGUGGCCAACGAUGACUCCUCUGAGGCAGUUUCCGACGUGCCCGCGAGACUUCAUCCAGAAGGCUGAAAGGAUGGAGGUCCCCUGGUCUAGCUACUUCGAUCUGGAUCCGCCCCGAAUGGGUGAGCUCCUGGGCCUACCAAAAGCUGGCCGCGUCAUCUGCGACCUGGUGUCGAAGUUCCCUCGGCUAGAGGUUCAAGCCCAGGUUCAGCCGAUUACACGAUCCCUGCUCCAUGUAGAGCUCACCAUCACCCCCAAUUUUGUGUGGGAUGACGCCCUGCAUGGAGGGGCGGAAUCUUUCUGGAUUAUCGUCGAGGAUUGUGACGGCGAGGAGCUGUUGUUUCACGAUCAAUUCAUCCUACGACGCGAAUAUGCUGUCGGUGACAUGACCGAACACUUGGUCGACUUCACCGUCCCCAUCAGCGAACCAGUCCCGCCCAACUACUUCAUCUCGUUGGUGUCCGAUCGCUGGAUGCAUUCAGAGACCAGGAUUCCGGUCUCCUUCCAGAAACUGACCCUCCCGGAACGCUUCCCACCCCACACUCAACUAUUGGAUCUACAACCUGUCCCCGUGCAGGCGUUAAAGAUCAAAGAAUACGUUGACCUUUACUCGAGUUGGGACCGGUUCAACAAGAUCCAAACACAGGUGUUUAAGUCGCUGUACGACAGCAACGACAGCGUGUUUGUCGGGGCGCCCACGGGAAGCGGAAAGACAGUCUGUGCCGAGUUUGCCCUGUUGCGACACUGGAAAAACCCCGAAGCCGGCAAAGCGGUUUAUAUCGCACCCUUCCAAGAACUGGUUGACAGUCGUCUCGCUGACUGGCAACAGCGCCUGGCUCCCCUUGGUGGUGGCAAGACUAUAUCCACUCUGACCGGUGAAUUAACAGCUGAUCUCCGAAUCCUGGACAAGUCAGACUUGGUCCUGGCGACCCCCACCCAAUGGGAUGUUCUGUCACGGCAAUGGCAGCGGCGAAAGAACGUGCAAAACGUUGAAUUGUUCAUCGCGGACGAGCUUCAGAUGCUCGGUGGUGAGAACGGAGCGGUGUAUGAGGUGGUGGUCUCGAGGAUGCAAUAUAUCCACGUUCAACUGGAGAACAACAUGCGCCUUGUUGGGCUCAGCGUGCCGCUGUCCAACGCCCGCGACGUGGGUGAAUGGCUCGGGGCCAACAAGCACACGAUCUAUAACUUCAGUCCGAUGGCACGGCCGGUUGGACUGGAAUUGCAUAUCCAGUCUUUCAGUAUCCCCCACUUCCCCUCCUUGAUGGUGGCGAUGGCUCGACCAGCAUAUCAAGCCGUCUUGCAGUUGUCGCCGGAUAAGCCGGCCAUUGUUUUCGUGCCCAACAGGAAACAAGUGCGCUCGACCGCCGUUGACCUCCUCCAGGCCUGCAUUAUGGAUGACGAUGAUGAACGGUUCCUCCACACCAACGUGGAGGAGCUUGCGCCGUUCUUGGAACGCAUCAACGAGCGCGCACUGGCAGAAUCCUUGACUCACGGCAUCGGCUACUACCACGAAGCUUUGACAAGUACCGACAAGAAGAUCGUAGCCCAUCUGUUCAAGAUUGGUGCGAUCCAAGUCAUGCUCGCUUCUCGAGAUGUCUGCUGGGAGUUGCCUGUGACCGCACACUUGGUGGUCGUCAUGGGCACGCAGUAUUUCCUGGGCCGAGAACACCGCUAUGUGGACUAUCAGAUCAGCGAAGUGCUGCAGAUGUUUGGGAGAGCUACUCGGCCAGGCGAGGACAAGAUCGGGAAAGGGGUGCUCAUGGUCCCUGCCGUCAAACGGGAAUACUACAAAAAAUUCCUCAACGAGGCCCUGCCCGUCGAAAGCCACUUGCAACUAUGGCUUCACGAUGCGUUUGUGACCGAGAUCAGCACCAAGACCAUCACUUCCACGCAAGACGCAGUGGACUGGACCACGUACACAUACUUCUACCGUCGGCUGCUGGCGAAUCCCAGCUUCUACGGCCUGAACGACACGUCCCACGAGGGUCUCAGCACAUUCCUCUCGGAGCUGGUGGAGAAUACGCUGAAAGAGCUUGCAGAAGCCAAGAUCAUUGAUGUGGACGAGGAAGACGACUCCAUCUCUCCCCUGAACCCUGCCAUGAUUGCGGCGUACUACAACAUCUCCUUCAUCACCAUGCAGACCUUCCUACUCUCGCUGACUGGCCGGACGAAGCUCAAAGGGCUGCUCGAGAUCGUGACGUCGGCCACCGAGUUCGAAGAUAUUCAGAUGCGGCGACACGAAGAUCACAUCCUGCGCCGAAUCUACGACCGUGUCCCUGUCAAGAUGUCCGAGCCGGCGUACGACUCUCCGCAUUUCAAGGCGUUGGUGCUUCUCCAGGCGCAUUUCUCCCGCAUGCAACUCACGAUCGAUCUGGCCAAGGACCAAGAAGUGAUUCUGGGCAAGGUGCUCAGUCUGCUGUCUGCGUGUGUCGACGUUCUGAGCUCCGAAGGACACCUGAACGCCAUCAACGCCAUGGAACUGUCGCAGAUGGUGGUGCAAGCCAUGUGGGAUCGUGACAGCCCGCUGCUGCAGAUCCCACACUUUGACAACAAGAUUGUGGAGAUUCUGGGCAAAUCCGGCAUCAAGGACAUUGACGAUUUCAUGAGCGCCAUGGACCCCAGUGAGAACCCGGACCAGCCGAAACUGGUGGCGGCAAUAGGCCUGACGAACCGCCAGCUCGUCGAGGCCGCCAACUUCACCAACAACAAGUACCCCAGUCUGGAACUUGAGUUUGAAGCCCUGGACAAGGACGCCGUCACCGCGGGACAGCCAUCAUAUCUGCAGAUCCGCGUCACACGCGAUGUGGACGACGACGACGACGAAGUCGAUCUCACCGUCCACGCGCCCUUCUACCCGGGCCGCAAGCUGGAGAACUGGUGGCUGGUGGUGGCCGAGGAGAAGACCAAGUCUGUACUCGCCAUCAAACGCGUCACGGUCGGCAAGAGUCUAGCCACCAAGUUGGAAUACAUCGUCCCGACGGCCGGCAAGAAGGAUCUCACGCUGUACCUGAUGUGCGACGCGUACGUCGGUGUCGAUCAGAGCAUGGCUUUUUCGGUCGAUGUUGCCGAGGGAAUGGAUGAAGAUGAGGAGGAGGAGGAGGAGGAGGAUGAUGAUGAAUAG